CCACCGCGAUAUGUUUGCUACACAGUCAAAUGGAAACUGCUGCUUAAUAAUAAACCGGUGGGCAAUGUGACUGAGAAAGACCUGGUCGUAGCUCUUAGCGGUUAUUGGGACAAGUAUCUGAAAGCGGAGCUUGACAAUAUGGUGCAAACGAAAAGGAAGGCCAACCAAAGGGUGCGAUCUGAACAACAAUCAGGUUACGUGGAUGAUCGAAAGCAGUGUGCGCUAGAACGGUUCCACAACGCCACCACCAUUGAUUGGAUGGCCGUGGAAAGACAACUAUGUAAAUGGGGCAACCUGCUUCGCAUUGCGAAAAAAAACACUGUUAGUAUUGCCUUUAGCUAUAGGCAGGAUGAUAACGGGUCUGGCCCGACCAAGAAAGGCGACAAAAGGGGCUGUGUAUCGGCUACAAAUAUAAUGCUUGCCGAGCGUGAUGCAUAUAUUGCUGAAGAGGAAGAGAGAACUAGGCGACCCUCUGCGUGGAACUCUGUGUAUGAGCUUAUGCAAUGCAAUGUCCGGCCAUGCCAGCUGAACUCUGACUGGUGCUGGGAAGACCCAAAAUCUCCGUUCACGCUUCCCAGAUUUAAUCCUUUCCAAUCUAGAAGCAGGCUCCGACCCCUGUCGUUUUUGACCUCGAGCGCUCUACACCUGCGAGUGGCCGACAACCCUAUUCCCAAGAUCAUACUCUUGCCUCGGGUAUGA